AUGAAGUAUUUCUUAUUUAUUGAUUUUCAGCUCAAUGUGUCACCUUCGCUAAGGGAAAAGCGUGCAAGCAAUCAUGGCAGCGUCGCUCGUGUGGUGAAGCGCGGUUACGCUGUUAACACUGGAACACAGAUAUGCGUGGAUGGGGCCCCGGGCAGGCCAGGUCUCGAUGGCGCUGACGGCAUCGACGGCGCCAAUGGUGCUCCAGGAGCUCCAGGAAAAGAUGGUAUCCCCGAAAACGAACGCGAGCCGUGUUGGAUCUGUCAAAAAGCCCAGCAGGGACCGCCAGGGCCACCGGGCAACAAAGGACGUCCAGGACUUCCAGGUUCCCCUGGAGAACAUGGUCACACCCCAGUUGGUGUACCCGGUCCCCCUGGAGAUCAAGGAAUGCCUGGUGUUCAAGGAGCUCCUGGGCCGAGAGGCGCUCCUGGUGAUCUAGGAUACGCUCAAGAGAUCGCAGUUGUAGGAGAGCCAGGUCCACCCGGUCCACCUGGUCCUCCAGGGCUCCCGGGACGGCCCGGUCAGCCAGGACAACAAGGCCAAAGAGGACCACCCGGAUUCUUGCCGGGAAAUCCGGGUAUGGACGGAGUUCCUGGUAUCUCGGGCGCUCCGGGAGCCGUGGGACCACCUGGACCACCCUGGUAG